AUGGCCUUCUUUCUAUCCUUUCAGCCUGUGGUGGGUGCCUGUUUUGGGUACGCCCUUUUUAGGCAACAAAAGGAUCUCAGCCUUAAGCGUCAGUACUCACAAAAAUCUGUUGUUGUAUUAUCCCCACUACCCUUCGAUGCGCUCUUCUAUGAAGUUACGAAAUCAAUAUCGCAAAUCUAUUUCUCAAAUGGGAUCUGCGGAAUCGAAAAAGCAUGCAAAGAGAUUGACACCUGGCCAGCUCCGAAAUCCGACGAGCAGCUUUCCCUUCCUCUCCUUGGCGUCACAUACACUUUUCGAAUUCCAGGAGCUGCUGGGACUGUAAUGCCUGCGUCUCAGUUUCCUGUCGGUGGUAAUCCGUUCCUCCACGAAGAUGAACAAGAUUGUUGUUCACCAUCAAGUCUCGAGUCCCCUCCAUCUACUUCUGCAUUCUCGAAGGAUCUUCUACGUUCCGAUUCUACAAAUAUCCCCAAUUCUUCUACUGCCGCAGUAACGGCAAAUGUUUCGUCGUCUUCUAGGGAUUCCGAUUCAUCAUACGAUAUUGUUCCUGAGAAAGAUGUGAUACUGAGGAUGCAGGAGGAGAUCGAAGUGAGCCUGGAUUCGCGGCGCUACGCUCAAGCCUUCGCUCCCGUUCUGUCCCACCUCCAGCGCCUCUGGGAGCUGGUGAUAACCGCACAGCCGCUUCUUGUAAUGGGUCCCAAUCCUGGUCAGACGAGUCAGACGGUACAAGCCCUUGUCUCCUGUAUAGCGCCACUGGCAUUCUGCGCCGACUAUCGCCCCUUCUUCACAAUCUACGAUCCCGAAUUCAAGAACGUUUCCCGCGGCAGCAUUUCCAGUCCAAUCGCAAUACUGGGUGUAACCAAUCCCUUCUUCUCAAAGGCACUCAAUCAUUGGCCCAAUGUAAUACGACUGGGCAAGGUCAGACAUAUUGAAAAAAAGAGGCAUGCGCACCAGCUGUCCUCCAAAAUUCUGCUUGAAGACCUGAAACCCGGUCUGUAUUCGCAGUACAAACCAUUCCUGAAGCGCGACGCCGGCUUUUUCAAGCGUCUGAAGAAGGAGCAAUACAUCUCGACCCUUAUGCCCCUUCACCGCGACAUCUCGCCUUUUCGAUGUGUGCCCGAACUGAAUCGCUUCAAUAUGGACGAUUUUUUCCGCACCUUGGAGAGAGCAGGACCGCGGCUAACCUGCGACGUGAAGGGCGACUGGGUUGGCCUUUACAAGUCAUUCUUCUCUGGUCCUCACUUCGUCCAUUGGUUGAGUCAACGGGAAGCUGACAUACGUCAGAAAUUGCACUCCCUUCACUUAGAUGCAAUAAUUCGUACAAACUUCAGCACCUGGCUUGAGGAGCGAUCCGAGGUGGAGAUAGUCGACAUGAUACUCCAGCUUAAUCAGGAAGUUGUAAGUGUCUUAAAUGUUGAUACAGAGUAA